AUCUCCGCAACAUUAAGUAUGUAGACCAGAAAAAAGUUUUAAAUCUGUUCCAACGGUACCACUAACUAAUUUCAUUGUGCUGCAUCCAUGGAAUGAGAAGAAAGAAAGCAGAAGAAGACAUAGGACUGGUCUGUCCAAUUAUUUAAACCAUACCAAUAUUAUUAUAUAUACAGAUAAUGAAGCAACCACCACCAAAACAAUAAGAAUAAUAAUGUUCAACAUCAUCAAUAAUAAGAAUAAUAAUAAUGUUUAACAUCAACAAUAAAACUAUAGGAAAAAAUCAUAUUAACAAUGCACUUGUACUAAUUCAAUCUCUAACUCGUCUUCCAUCUUUUUCCUAGCUACCUCCUGCAGUUUCCAGGCCUAAAGUCAAACCCCAUUUUUUAACAAUUUGAGAACUUUUGGAAAGUGCCCUCAAAUUCUUCCGCAAGGGUAUAACAGGUUCACUAUAUAAGAGAAUUGAUCAAGGAGGUUCAUUUUUCCUUUCUUCGAAGAAUCUGAUAACAUAUAAGAAAACUAAAGGGUGUUGUUUCCAAAGAAGAGAGUGAAAUAGAAUUCAGAAGAAUUUUUAUGGUACUAGAGGGAAGAUGAAUACCCUUUGGGGUAACCUCUCUUUCAGAUCAUGAUGGAGCUACAAGUUAUUUGGUUAAUAAGAUUGGUUGUGGCAUGUGUUCUUUGUCUGUGUAUAUUUAUCAGAUCAGCUUCUUCUGCAACUGAAGGAUUUAAGAGCAUAGCAUGCUGUGCUGAUUCAGAUUACACAGAUCCAUUGACAACCUUAAAUUAUACAACAGAUUUUCAUUGGUACUCUGAUAAAAGAGGUUGCAGACAAAUACCUGAUAUUGUGUUGAGCCACAGAAGCAAUGAAAACGUUCGACUGUUCGAUAUAGAUGAAGGAAAGAGAUGUUACAAAUUGUCAACAAUUAAGGAUCAAGUAUAUCUGAUAAGGGGAAUCUUUCCAUUUGAUAGUUCAAAUUCUUCGUUUUAUGUUUCAAUUGGGGUAACAGAACUAGGCGAAGUAAGAUCGUCUAGGCUUCAAGACUUUGAAAUUGAGGGAGUUUUCAAAGCUACCAAAGACUACAUAGAUUUUUGCGUAUUGAAGGAGGAGGUCAAUCCCUUUAUUUCUCAGCUUGAAUUAAGGCCAUUACCUGAAGAAUACCUACAUGAUUUCGGUACCAGUGUUUUAAAACUGAUAAGCAGAAAUAAUCUUUGCGGCACAAAAGAUGAAAUCAGGUUCCCAGUUGACCAAAACGAUAGAAUCUGGAAAGCAACAUCAACUCCAUCAUCUUCCCUUCCACUGUCUUCCAAUAUCAGCAAUGUCGACCUCAAAGGCAGUGUGACACCUCCUUUAGAAGUCCUACAAACAGCUGUUACUCACCCUGAGCAAUUGGUGUUCAUCCAUGAUGACCUUGAGACCGAUGAUUAUGAAUACUCUGUGUUUCUCUUCUUCCAUGAGUUAAAUAGCACUCUCAAAGCAGGAGAAAGGGUGUUUGACAUCUAUCUAAACAGUGAGAUUAAAAAGGCGGGUUUUGAUGUACUGGAAGGAGGAUCCAAGUACAAUUACACUGUCUUGAACAUUUCAGCAAAUGGAUCACUCAAUAUAACCAUAGUCAAAGCAUCUGGAUCUAAGUUUGGACCCCUUUUGAAUGCCUAUGAGAUCCUGCAGGCGCGACCAUGGAUCGACGAGACCAACCAAACAGAUUUGGUAAUUAUUCAGAAGAUGAGAGAAGAAUUGCUGCUGCAAAACAAAGACAAUGAAGCAUUGGGGAGUUGGAGUGGAGACCCUUGUAAGCUUUUCCCAUGGAAGGGAAUAGAAUGUGACGGUUCAAAUGAUUCAUCUGUUAUCACUAAGCUGGAUCUUUCCUCCAAUAAUCUCAAAGGAACAAUUCCCUCCAGUGUCACUAAGAUGAACAAUUUACAAAUACUGAACCUGAGCCACAACCAUUUUGAUGGUUAUAUCCCGUCGUUUCCGCCGUCCUCCUUGCUGAUAUCAGUAGAUCUGAGCUACAAUGACCUUAUGGGACAGCUUCCAGAAUCCAUUAUCUCACUGCCACAUUUAAAAUCAUUAUAUUUUGGCUGCAAUCAACACAUGAGCGAUGAGGAUCAAACCAAAUUGAACAUUUCACUAAUCAAUACAGAUUAUGGGAGAUGCAAAGCAAAAAAACCGAAAUUUGGACAAGUUUUCGUGAUUGGAGCUAUUACAAGUGGAUCAGUUUUGAUUACUUUGGCUGCUGUUGGAAUUCUCUUUGUUUGCCAUUAUAGACACAAGUCAAUUCCUUUGGAAGGAUUUGGUGGAAAGAACUACCCAAUCAAUAUAAUUUUCUCAUUGCCAAGCAAAGACGAUUUCUUCAUAAAGUCUGUAUCAGUUAAACCAUUCACUUUGGAGUAUAUAGAGCUGGCUACAGAAAACUACAAAACUUUGAUAGGUGAAGGAGGAUUUGGCUCUGUUUACCGAGGCACUUUAGACGAUGGUCAAGAAGUGGCAGUGAAAGUCCGGUCGGCAACAUCAACUCAGGGAACCCGAGAAUUCGAUAACGAGCUAAACCUACUUUCAGCUAUACAACAUGAGAACUUGGUGCCUCUUCUUGGUUACUGUAAUGAGUAUGAUCAACAAAUUCUCGUGUAUCCUUUCAUGUCCAAUGGCUCUUUGCUAGAUAGACUAUAUGGGGAACCAGCAAAAAGAAAAAUAUUAGACUGGCCAACUAGACUCUCUAUUGCUCUAGGUGCAGCUCGAGGUUUGGCAUAUCUUCACACAUUUCCUGGACGCUCUGUAAUACACAGGGACGUAAAAUCAAGCAAUAUACUGCUUGAUCAUAGCAUGUGUGCUAAGGUUGCAGAUUUUGGUUUUUCAAAAUAUGCUCCUCAGGAAGGAGACAGUUAUGUUUCCCUUGAAGUAAGAGGAACAGCAGGAUAUCUGGAUCCUGAGUACUACAAAACCCAGCAAUUAUCUGAAAAGAGUGAUGUUUACAGCUUUGGCGUGGUUCUACUUGAAAUUGUAAGUGGACGGGAACCUCUCAACAUAAAGAGACCACGGAUUGAGUGGAGCUUGGUGGAAUGGGCUAAACCAUACAUAAGAGCAUCAAAGGUGGAUGAAAUUGUAGAUCCUGGCAUCAAGGGAGGAUAUCAUGCAGAGGCACUGUGGAGAGUGGUGGAAGUAGCACUGCAAUGUCUUGAACCCUACUCAACAUAUAGGCCAUGCAUGGUUGACAUUGUCCGCGAGUUGGAGGAUGCUCUCAUUAUCGAAAACAAUGCAUCUGAAUACAUGAAGUCCAUUGACAGCCUCGGAGGAUCCAACCGCUACUCAAUUGUCAUGGACAAAAGGGCACUGCCCUCAACUACAUCUACAGCAGAAUCAACCAUCACAACCCAAACCUUAUCACACCCUCAACCGAGAUAGUAAAAGCGUCAAUGGAAUUCUUUGGAUUCUUUUUUGAUAUUUGCUUUAGUAAUAUCACAUUCUAAAUGGUAAAAGAGAAAAAUACUACUUCUGAUUGUACUUUCAUCCACUCUAUGCUUCAUGAAACUGAAUCUCUAUUUCUCAGCCCCAGUUUUUAUAGGUGAAAAGAAUAAUUUGGGUUGAAUGCAUGUGAAAGAAACCAUAUGGUGCCUAAUUUAAGAGCCAUAUCCUAUUAUUUGCUAAGUCCAAACAUGACAAGUAAAAACUUCACAAACAAGUUGGAUAUUGAUUUAAACCAAGACAGUUCCACAAUGCAUUCAACAGAGCCAUUCACACUUUGGAUGGACUAGUGACAAAUUCAGUCAAGCAGGAAGAACACAUAUAUAUGGGAAAUACUUUUAGACCUAUCUUGUUUUUAGAAAUGAAAAUAUUCUGUUUUUAUUGUGUUUUUUUCACUACAAAAAAUUCAUCUAUUUUUAAUGUUUUAUGCAUGGUUCUAAAUUUCAA